AGCAGAUAACAAACUGAUAUAUUAACGUUCAUAAUCUCUUUCUUUUCUUUAUUUAGUCUUUUUCAUUCCUAAAACGAAAAAAAAUAAUCAAAACAUCCCUGAAGUGGUUACAACAUCUUUAGGGUUGUUCUGAUCACCCAAAAAAAAAAAAAACCACCCCUUUAUUCCUAUGUUACACUUUUCUUUAAUCAUAUUAUAAAGGGGUUGGUUUUGUUAUUGAUGGUUAGAUCUUUUUUAAUUUUCUUGAAUAUAUUCAUAUCUGGUUGAUUAUUUGUUUGAAAUUUAUUCAUCAUGAGUGAUGAUAAGAAAUACAUUACGGCUGAGGAGUUGAAGACACAUAACAAACAAGAUGAUUUGUGGAUUUCAAUACAAGGGAAAUGUUACAAUGUUACAGAUUGGGUGAAAGAACAUCCAGGUGGCGAUAUUCCGAUUCGUAGUUUGGCUGGACAAGAAGCAACUGAUGCAUUCAUUGCUUUUCAUCCAGGUACUGCUUAUAAAUAUCUUGACAAAUUCUUUACUGGAUAUUAUCUUAAAGAUUACGAGGUUACAGAGGUUUCUAAGGAUUACAGGAAACUCUGUACCGACUUUGCUAAAGCCGGGAUGUUUGAUAAGAAGGGGCAUGGGGUGAUUUAUUCCUUAUGCUUUGUGACAUUGUUGAUGUCGAUGAGUUUCUGUGGUGUUUUGUUCUCUAACAAUUUCUUGGUUCACAUGCUUUCUGGUGCACUCUUGGGACUCUCCUGGAUGCAAAUCUCUUACUUGGGUCAUGAUUCCGGGCAUUACUUGAUCAUGACGACUCGUGGAUUCAACAAAUUGGCACAGAUUCUUACGGGCAAUUGCCUUACUGGAAUCAGCAUUGCUUGGUGGAAAUGGACACAUAACGCACACCAUGUCGCGUGCAAUAGCCUCGAUCAUGACCCUGAUCUACAACACUUGCCCGUUUUCGCUGUCUCUACGAGGUUUUUCAAAUCAUUGAACUCUAGGUUUUAUGAAAGAGAGCUCACAUUUGAUUCCCUGGCUAAGUUUUUCGUGAGUUACCAACAUUUUACAUACUACCCUAUAAUGUGUGUGGCGAGGGUGAAUCUAUUCGUCCAGACAUUCUUGCUAUUGUUCUCGAAGAGAAAGGUACCCGACAGAGCUUUGAACAUAUUGGGAAUUCUUGUUUUCUGGACUUGGUUUCCUCUUCUUGUUAGCACAUUGCCUAAUUGGACAGAAAGGGUGUUAUUUGUGCUGAUAAGUUUCUGUGUCACAUCACUCCAACACAUUCAAUUCACACUUAACCAUUUCGCAGCUGAUGUAUAUGUUGGACAACCGGAGGGGAACGAUUGGUUUGAGAAACAAACAAGUGGUACUAUCGAUAUCUCGUGUUCUACUUGGAUGGAUUGGUUCUAUGGAGGAUUGCAAUUCCAACUCGAACAUCAUUUAUUCCCAAGGUUGCCUAGAUGCCAUUUGAGGAAAGUGUCCCCAAUUGUUCAAGAUUUGUGCAAAAAACAUAACUUGCCAUAUAGGAGUUUGUCCUUUUAUGAGGCUAAUGUAUGGACAAUAAGGACUCUAAAGACAGCAGCAAUGCAAGCUAGGGGUCUACUUUGGGAAGCUGUUAACACUCAUGGUUAAUUUUGGACUUGGAGAAUUUUUUAUAAAUAAGUACCAAGUAGUAUGGAUUUAAGUAAUGUCUCUAUUUAAUUUAUGUUGUUGGGCUGGAGCAGUGAGGAGAUGAUUGUUCUUGCUUUUCAAUUUUCAACUUUUGCUGUGUUGAUAUGGGAUUUUGUUUUAAGCAACUCCUUCUAUCUGCUUCAGCAUAUAUUUAUCCAAAAUAUGAAUUUGGUUCA